AUGGCCUGCUGGGAGCAUACCCAGCCGCUGCUCAAGUAUCACACCAUCUCCCAGGGUCCAGCCAUCCACGUCUCCAUGUGGCCGCCGGUCGAUCCCACCACCGGUCCGCGGCACCCUGGACUAGGGAGCAUGACCAAGGAGGGCUGCCAGAAGCUUUCGCAGACUUUUGCGAUUGAGCCUGCGGCCCGUUAA